AAAGAGAUAAAAAGAAUGUCCCUUUCCAUUUUCUGCCUUGGAUCUUGACAUUCUAUUUCUCGCUAGAACGUUGUCAUUUUUUUUCUCGGAAGAUGCGCUUAACGUUUUUGAGUCUAGCAUCCGUUGCUACCACAUGCUUGGCUUUUGAUUUCCAGCAGAAGCCGUUCAACACUAUCGACACGAAAAUAACACAUCAGUCCCAUGGUCACUUUUUGCAUGUCACUGACUUCCAUGUUGACCGUUAUUACGAGGCUGAUACUGUUAUUAAAUCGGCGUGCCACGAUGCGCCUACAAAGCAUCGACAUCGAAAACAGCGGCACGGAAAAUUAGCUGGUUUCUGGGGCACCCCUACCUCGAUUUGUGAUGCACCCAUGCGAUUAGCGGAGCACACGGUGAAUUACAUUGCCAAUAAGUGGAGGGAUGACAUCGACUUUAUUAUAUGGACUGGAGAUAAUGCAAGACAUGACACAGAUUCCACACGACCUCGAACUACCAAGGAACUUCUCACAUAUAACUGGGACAUGACUAACCUCCUCCAGAAGAGCUUUGUACGUUCAGAUAACACGACCAUUCCCAUUGUACCAUGCAUCGGCAAUAAUGACGUGCACCCGCACAACAAACUGAAACCGUUUGAUCUUCAACUUCAGGCUUACAGUGUGAUAUGGAAGGACUUGAUUCCUCUCGAUCAGCAACCAACUUUCCAGCAAGGCGGUUACUUUGUAGUCGAUGUGGCACCGGGAGUGCGUGUCAUGUCAUUGAACACCAUGUACUUUUUCAGUUCCAAUGACGACGUGGAAGGAUGCCAUGUCCAAGACGAUCCCGGCAACAAACAUAUUGCUUGGAUGCGCACCACUCUGGCUCAAGCACGCAACGACGAUGUCAAAGUGUACGUUAUCGGCCAUGUUGUACCUUCAAAGAAAACGUUUUACCGCGAUUGUCUGGACGAAUAUAUCGACGUAUCGCUGGAAUACAAAGACGUGAUUGCGGGUCACAUGUACGGUCAUGCGAACAUGGAUCAUUUCCAGUUACUCAAGCGAAGGAAUGAGCAAGAACAUGGUCACCAUCGUAAGCACGGUCACCACAAGCAUGGGCAUGGUCAUCAUGAUGACACGGACACGGCUGAAGAAGGCACGAUCGGAAUUAUGCGCAAUAUGAAGAAGUUCCUCCGCUCACUCCGUAGGCAGUAUAAAAAGGCUCGCCAUUUUGAUAGUGAUUCGUUGAUAGCGGUUCAUGUGGCUCCUCCUGUACUGCCAGUGUAUUAUCCGGCAUUCCGUAUGAAUCAGUACGACACCUCAACAGGCGAUUGGACGCAGUAUACACAGUUCUUCUCGAACCUGACAUACUGGAAUAUGCAAGAUCAUCUGACUCUGCCAACCUUUGAAGUUGAAUACAGUACGGACGAAACGUAUAAUAUGACCGAUCUCAGUGUGGACAGUUGGAUUGACCUGGCAAAACGCAUGAUGGAAAAAUCGGAACAAGGCGAGAAGUUGUGGAACACAUACUUGAAUAACAUGCUUGUACAAACCGACUCAGAUCUUUCCAUGGAAGAACAUGGAUCGCCUUGCCAACAUCACUCACGUGGUAAAGGAUCGUGGUGGAAACUUUGGCACCAAUGGUUGGACGAUGUACGUUCCCGUCUCGUAGCAGCCAAUGACUAGCUGAAUGCCAUAACAAAAAAGAUAUGUGAAAUAAAAAAAAUCAAUUGUCAUCACUGCCAAUGAUAAAGGGGGAAAAAAAGAGUCAUCCUCGGAACGAUUAAAAGAAAAUAAAAAGAGAAAUAA